AUGGACAAUUAUGUCCAUGUUGAUGAGAAAUGGUUCUAUUUGACAAAGGUGAAUCGAAGGUAUUACGUGUACGAUGAUGAAGAAGUGGCGGCGCGAACUGUCAAGUCGAAGCACUUCAUCACUAAGGUCAUGUUUUUGGCGGCUGUUGCCCGCCCACGUUUUGACCCGCACACGAGGCGCGUUUUUGAUGGCAAGAUUGGCGUGUGGCCGUUCGUGGAGGUCGUGGCGGCGAAGCGAACAAGCGUCAAUCGCGACAAGGGAACCUUGGUGACUGUUCCCUUGUCUGUGAAUGCUGUGGUGGAAUUCUGCAGUAAGAAAAAGCGCUCAAAGGAAGAGAUCGAAAAAAUCAUUCGACAAGUGCCGCACCACGACCGCCAAACCUUGCGCUCUUUGGCCAAAAAGUCGAGCAUCCUCAAGACAACAAUCGUGCGAUAA